GAUUUGUUUUUUUUUUUUUUUGUGAACAGUUCGCAUGCAUUACGCAAACAGCGGGUCCCAGAAUCAGAAUCAGAAUCAUCCAUUUUCUUCAUUGAGUUUUGCCUCUUUACAAAGAUGCCAUCAGCUUUGACCAAUUGUGCAUUUUGUCAGGCUCGUGCCUCGCAGAUAUGUGCCGCAUGCAAGAGCGUGGUCUAUUGCAGUCGCGAGCACCAAAAGGAGCAUUGGAAGAAGGGUCAUAAAAGGGAAUGCAAGUGCUAUGAGGUGGCUAGCAAUGAUAUGCUGGGCAGGCAUUUGCGAGCCACGCGAGAUAUUAAGAUUGGUGAACAAAUCCUGAGAGAAGCACCCUUGGUUGUGGGUCCCAAAGUGGCAUCGGCGCCCAUUUGUCUGGGCUGUCAUCGAAACAUUGGGGCUCCGGGCAAGUCGAUGAACUAUUACAAGUGCUCCUCGUGUACCUGGCCGCUGUGUGGCAAGGAAUGUGAACAAUCGCCCCACCAUCGGGGUGAAUGUCAACUGAUGGCUCAGAGUAAUUUUCAAUCGAAAAUUAAUUACCAUCCCGACCAGGAUCAGAAUCAGGAGCGCAAGGAGUCGGCCUAUUGUGUGAUUAUGCUGUUACGUUGUAUGCUUUUGAAAACGUCCCAGCCAGAGGAUUUCGUGCGUCUCUUCUCGCUGGAGGAUCAUCUGAAAGAACGUCUCGAGACUCCGUUGUAUCAAGUGUUGCGUGCCAAUUUGAUAACCUUUAUUAAAACUGUUCUGGGUCUAAGGGAAUGGUCGGAAAUGGAAAUUUUACGCAUUGCCGCCAUUCUGGACACAAACACCUUUGAGGUCAGACAGCCCAAGGAGCGUAGGAAAGUGAGAGCCUUGUAUCCUGGGGCGGCAAUGAUCUCACACGAUUGUGUACCAAAUAUGCGACAUCGUUUCGAUGAUAAUAUGAAUAUUAUAUUCCUGGCAAAGCGUGCCAUCAGCAAGGGAGAGAUACUGAAUAUCUCAUACACCCAACCCCUGAGGAGUACCAUCCAAAGGCGACUUCAUCUGAGGCAAGCCAAAUGCUUUGAUUGUGCGUGCCAACGAUGCAGUGAUCCCAGUGAGUUGGGAACCUUUGCAGCAGCCCAAAUGUGCCUAAAGUGUAAGGCAGGCAAGAUAAUUCCCCUGAAUCCUUUACAAAAUUCGUCACCCUGGAAAUGUCAACUGUGCAAUGUGAAGAAGAGUGCCAAAGAAAUCAUCACCAUUGACAAUCAACUGCAGUUAGAGAUUGAGUCAUUGGACAAGAGCACACCAACUGCUUUGGAGGAUUUUAUCUAUCGCCAUCGCAUAGAUUUGCACGAGACGAAUACCCAUGUACUUCAAGUGAAAUAUGCCCUAACCCAGCUCUAUGGCAAUGCACCAGGAUUCUCGAUGGAUGAACUCACGGAGGAUAAUCUUAAACGAAAAGUACAACUCUGUGAAGAUUUACUUAAGUUGGCGGAUAUCUUUGAUGGGGGCUGGAGCAUAUUUCGUGGCAAUUUGUUAAUCGAUUUGGAGGAGGCACUGGUGGCACAGGCAAUGCGAGUACCAGAGGAUGAGGCCACCGAGUGUGAGGCGAUACUUCGACAGGCUGCUGAAUUGCUGACCGAAAUAGGAAAUAUCAUGAAGUAUGAAACAGAAAUGGAGGAAGUGCUGCAAGAACGUCAACGAAUUUUAGAUCAUGCCUUGGAGCGUUUUAAAGAGGUUGAAGAAUGUUAAUUAGAAUAGUGACAAAAGUUUAUCUAACAAAUAUAUAUAUACACAAUUU